AUGGCUUCGACAAGAGAUGCUGCGAGUGAGGAGCAUGUGGAUCUGAAUAGUGAGAAAGAGAGAGGUGAAGAGGCGGAUGUUGAUGUGGAGAGGGUUGGGGUACAGCCCGGUUUGCAACGAACAUUGUCCGAACCGCCGUACUCUGUGUUCAGCAAGGGAAUGAAGACAUGGAUUAUCUUCCUGGUUUCUAUUUCGUCACUGAUAUCACCGUUUGGCGCCUCCAUGUUUUUACCGGCACUGAAUGUGCUUUCCGAUGUGUUGCAUAUUACUCCUUCGCAAGUCAAUAUCUCCAUCACGACGUAUAUGAUUGCGCAAGCUAUAGCUCCGGCAUUCUUGGGUACCUUAUCCGACAACAGCGGACGGAGACUGACCUUCAUCAUCUGCUUCGUCAUAUACAGUAUUGGAAACAUUGGUCUCGCACUUCAAACAAAUUACACCGCCCUACUCAUCCUGCGCAUGUUGCAAGCAGUAGGUGGUACAGCUGCCAUUGCUUUGACCAUGGCAGUUGUUGCGGAUAUCUCGACAUCGGCUGAGCGAGGAACUUACAUGGGAUAUGCACAAGCAGGUAUCCUCAUGGGCCCAGCUUUUGGACCAGCAAUCGGAGGUCUCCUCGCACAGUACCUAGGCUGGCGAUCGAUCUUCUGGUUCCUAGCCAUCUUCUCCGGAGUCCUUCUCGUUCUCUUUGUCUUUCUCUUCCCAGAGACUUGCCGAAAAGUCGUCGGCAACGGCUCUAUACCCCCUCAAGGUGUCAACCGCUCCGUCAUAAGCUGCAUUCAACAACGCAAACUCGCCAAAUUAUCCCCUGACGAAAUCUCAACCAAGCCCGAAAAGAAGAAAAUUGCCUGGCCCAAUCCCCUCGCCACGUUCCGUAUCCUAGCUGAGAAAGAAUCUGGUAUACUCUUAAUGUACAACGGCCUCUUCUUCACUGGGAUGAUGGUCACCGUCUCGGCGAUCCCCACCCUCUUCUACGAAGCCUACGGUUUGGAUGAACUCCAUAUCGGCCUCUGCUACAUCUCCAACGGCGUCGCAGCACUCGUAUCCUCCUUAACCAUGGGCCGCGUCGUAGAUUGGAACUUCCGCCGCUACGCCCGCGCCAUCGGCAUGACGAUAACAAAAGGCAAACAACAGGAUCUCAGCAACUUCCCGCUCGAGCGCGUUCGCCUGCAAAUCCUCAUCCCGGGGCACAUCCUCGGCAUGUUUGGUCUUGUGAUGUUUGGCUGGACACUCAAGUUCCGGACGCACAUCGUGGGACCGGAAAUCGCGCUGUUCGUGAUGGGUUUUGGUGUAACGACAGCGUUUAAUAUUACGAAUGGGUUGUUGAUUGAUUUGCAUCGCGAUCAACCGGCUGCGGCGACGGCGGCAGUGAACUUUGCGAGGUGUUUUAUGAGUGCGGGAGGCACGGCAGCGAUUAUACCCAUGUGUCAUGCGAUGAAUCCCGGGUGGGCGUUUACAUUUAUCGCAUUUAUCUAUGUGAUUUUGUUGGGUGUUGUACUGUGGGUUAUGAGGAAUGGAAUGAAAUGGAGACAGAAGUUGGCGGAGAAGAAAAAACUUCAGAGUGAAGCAAAAGAAAAAGAAAAGGAGGCGAGAGAAGAAGCGGCGCGAACCUGAUAUAUUGAAAUGGUCUUACUAUAUAGAAAGUCAACACACGAAGAAUGAUACCCCCCAUCUAUUUCCAAUCCCGUCUACCAAAAAGCCCGCCCACUCU